GACAAUUUCUCAUUCUUAUUAUCACAUAUUCUUUUUUUCCUCUGUCUUUUCUAUGGAGGCUAAGCUUGGAUUGAUGCACAAGGUUGGCUUUCCCUUCAACCCCACUUCAUGUUAUGCUAAAAAACAUGGUCUUUCUCUUCAGGCUUUUCCCACUUCCUCUGGAUAUAUGCCAACAAAGAAAAGGGUUGAUAGGAGUGAAAACCUGACUCUUGAAAAUUUAAGACAUUCUCUAAUUCGUCAAGAGGAUGACAUAAUCUUUAGCCUUUUGAAGAGAGCACAAUACUGUUACAAUGCAGAUACAUAUGACCCAGAUGCUUUCUCCAUGGAUGGAUUUCAUGGCUCAUUGGUGGAAUACAUGGUCAGAGAAACUGAGAAGCUUGAUUCGAAGGUGGGCAGAUACAGGUGCCCUGAUGAGCAUCCUUUCUUUCCUGAAGGCCUACCUGAACCAAUGUUUCCUCCUUUGCAUUAUCCUCAGGUAUUGCAUCCUAUAGCGGAUUCAAUUAACAUAAAUGAUAAAGUGUGGCACAUGUACUUUAGAGAUCUUAUCCCAAGACUAAUCAAGGAAGGAGAUGAUGGAAAUUGCGGAUCCACAUGUGUUUGUGAUACAAUGUGCUUGCAGGCUCUCUCAAAGAGGAUCCAUUAUGGAAAAUUUGUAGCAGAGGCAAAAUUUCAAGCUUCUCCCGAUGCAUACAAACCUGCCAUUUUCGCACAGGACAAGGAUAGGUUGAUGGACAUGCUAACAUAUACUAAAGUUGAAGAGGCAAUCAAAAGGAGAGUAGAGGUGAAAGCCAAAACUUAUGGGCAAGAAGUGGUUAUAAAUACAAAGGAGAAUUUUGCUGAGCCAGUGUACAAAAUAACUCCAAGCUUGGUAGCUAACUUAUAUGGUGAUUGGAUCAUGCCAUUGACAAAGGAAGUUCAAGUUGCAUAUUUAUUGAGGAGGCUGGACUGAGCAUAUAUACUAUAUAUUAAAUAGUAUUAGUAAGUGCCCUUUGGUUGAGAUGGUUAUAGAGAACCAACCAAUCUUUGUGAACCACUGGACAAAUACUAGAUGUCACAUAAACAACCUUUGAAUGGAUUUGAACUUGAUAGCAAACACCAGUUUCUGUUAUUAAAACACCUUUAGAUUCUAGGCUCUGUAAUUAACAGAGGACAACGUUGGUGUUGUGUUCUUUUUUGAGAAAUAAAAGUUUUUAAAAAAUUAAAAUUAUUUU